UGUUGUGACAGGAGCUAGCAGUGACGUUAGCGCAUGCGUUAGCCGUUAGCCGUUUGUCUCCCAGGUUCAAACUGUCACUUCAGCAACACGGAGGAUGUAACGUGUCCGGGUUUGUUUUUGUUUGUUUUUUAAAAAAAACAGGAUAUACUCGUCUCGCUAGCUUGAAGCUAGCUAAACGAAGCUGUCUGCUGUCGUGGAUGGGUUCGCUGUACAACAUACUCCUGGAAGUAACGGUGACCGGUGCUUAGCGAACAAACAUGGACACCGCCGAGGAAGCGGAUAUCUGUCGUGUGUGCCGCUCUGAGGGGACCCCAGACAAACCCCUGUACCACCCUUGUGUCUGCACUGGCAGUAUCAAAUUCAUCCACCAGGAAUGUUUGGUCCAGUGGCUGAAGCACAGCAGGAAGGAGUACUGCGAAUUAUGCAAGCACCGAUUUGCUUUCACACCAAUCUACUCCCCAGACAUGCCCUCACGUCUGCCCAUACAGGACAUUUGUGCCGGCCUGCUGACCAGUGUGGGCACAGCCAUCCGCUACUGGUUCCAUUACACACUGGUGGCUUUCGCGUGGCUCGGGGUGGUUCCUCUCACUGCAUGUCGCAUCUACAAGUGUCUGUUUACCGGCUCUGUGAGCUCACUUUUGACACUGCCUUUGGACAUGCUCUCUACAGAGAACCUGCUUGCAGAUUGUCUACAGGGCUGCUUCGUGGUCACCUGCACGCUGUGCGCAUUCAUCAGCCUGGUGUGGCUCAGAGAACAGAUAGUCCACGGUGGCGCUCCCCAAUGGUUAGAGCAGCACCAGCCGCCACCACCAAAUGCAGCCGGACAAGCCAAUGAGGCACAAGCUGCAGGCCAGGGAGCAGCUGAUGAGCCCCCUGCAGCGCAGCCAGCUCCAGCUGAUCCACCAGCCCAGAAUGAAGCAGAGCCCGAGCCCCCUGAUGUCCCUCCAGACCAGGCCGAUGACCCAGAGCUGGAAGAAGAGGAGGGAGCGGCAGCUGAAGAUGCAGAUCCCAACAAUGGAGCACAAGAUGACAUGAAUUGGAAUGCUUUGGAGUGGGACAGAGCAGCAGAGGAGCUCACCUGGGAAAGGAUGCUUGGCCUGGAUGGUUCACUGGUAUUUUUGGAGCAUGUUUUUUGGGUAGUGUCUCUCAACACGCUCUUCAUCCUGGUGUUUGCAUUCUGUCCGUACCACAUCGGGCACUUCUCCGUUGUGGGUCUCGGCUUUGAGGAAUAUGUCCAAGCUUCCCACUUCGAGGGCUUAAUCACAACCAUAGUUGGCUACAUCCUGCUCGCAAUGACGCUCAUCCUCUGUCAUGGACUUGCUGCUCUGGUCAGGUUCCAGCGCUCCCGACGUCUCCUGGGAGUCUGCUACAUUGUUGUCAAGGUGUCUCUGCUGGUUGUUGUGGAAAUUGGCGUUUUUCCACUCAUCUGUGGUUGGUGGCUUGACAUCUGCUCUUUAGAGAUGUUCGAUGCCUCCCUGAAAGACCGAGAGUUGAGUUUUAAAUCCGCCCCUGGCACCACCAUGUUCCUGCACUGGCUUGUAGGAAUGGUCUACGUCUUCUACUUUGCUUCUUUCAUCCUCCUACUGAGAGAGGUGCUGAGGCCUGGAGUGCUGUGGUUUCUGAGAAACCUCAAUGACCCAGAUUUUAAUCCAGUGCAGGAGAUGAUUCACCUGCCCAUCUACAGACACCUGCGGCGGUUUAUCCUGUCUGUUGUGGUGUUCGGCUCUAUCGUGUUGCUAAUGCUGUGGCUGCCCAUCAGGCUGAUCAAACUCCUGCUGCCCACCUUCCUCCCAUACAACGUCAUGCUCUACAGCGAUGCCCCCGUCAGCGAGCUGUCUUUGGAGCUAUUAUUACUUCAGGUUGUACUGCCGGCUCUGUUGGAGCAAGGACACACUCGCCAGUGGCUCAAAGGCCUCGUCAGGGCCUGGACAGUCAGUGCUGGAUAUUUAUUAGACCUCCACUCCUACCUCCUCGGGGAGCAGGAGGACAAUGAUGCCAACCAGCCUGUGAACAACAACAACAAUAACAACCCUCCUCCUGGUCACCAUAACAACAAUAACAAUCCAGCACCAGCCGUUGGCGAAGGGCUGCAUGCGGCCCAUCAGGCCAUCCUGCAGCAAGGGGGACCAGUGGGAUUCCAGCCUUACCACAGACCCCUACGCUUCCCGUUCAGGAUUGUGUUGCUUAUAGCAUUCAUGUGCAUCACUCUGCUGGUGGCCAGUCUGGUGUGUCUAACCCUACCAGUGUUCACCGGGCGCUGGCUGAUGUCCUUCUGGACAGGAAGCUCCAAAAUCCAUGAGCUGUACACGGCGGCUUGCGGCCUGUAUGUAUGCUGGUUGUCUAUCCGAGGUGUCACUGUGCUACUGGCCUGGAUGCCCCAGGGACGCACCGUCAUUAUGCACAAAGUCCAGGAGUGGACGCUCAUGAUCCUGAAGACCCUGGUCGUAGCUCUGCUGGUCGCUGGAGUCAUCCCGCUGCUUCUGGGCCUGCUGUUUGAACUGGUCAUUGUGGCUCCACUCAGGGUACCCCUAGACCAAACACCCCUCUUCUACCCUUGGCAGGACUGGGCUCUUGGGGUGCUCCAUGCCAAAAUCAUCGCUGCCAUUACUCUAAUGGGCCCUCAGUGGUGGCUGAAGACUGUUAUUGAGCAGGUUUACGCAAACGGAAUUCGCAACAUUGAUCUUCAGUUCAUCAUCCGAAAACUGGCAGCUCCGGUCAUCUCAGUGCUGCUGCUGUCCUUGUGUGUGCCGUAUGUGAUUGCUGCUGGGGUGGUGCCUGCUGUAGGAGUUACGCCAGAGAUGGAGAUCCUAAUGCAGAGGAGAAUCUACCCCUUCCUCUUGAUGGUGGUCUCGCUUAUCGGCAUCCUGUCCUUCCAGAUCAGACAGUUUAAACGCCUUUAUGAGCACAUCAAGAACGACAAGUACCUGGUUGGUCAGAGGCUGGUGAACUACGAACGGAAAGCAGGAAGAGCAACCUCAGUCCCGCCCCCCAACCCUGUCGCAGAGUAGUUUUUUUGUGUCACCUGUUGCCACAUUUUUGCACCUGUUACCCUGCGUACUCCCAGUUACCCCACCACCACCACCACCACCCUUUUUGAUUUUCAGCUCAGUCCUCGGACCUUAAUUCUUUUGAAUCUCCCAUGGAUCUUGGUGGAUUUAAUGGAUGUCGUUCAAUUGCUUGAAUUCCCUUUCACGCCCAUCAAAGGUGGGAUGGGGGAAGUGUAUUAUAACCAUGGGACAGCUGAGUAAAUCCUAUCAGAGGAAGAAAUGGGAGUUGGCAGGAGGGUGAGGGUUAGAGGUUUGAUUUGAAGCUCCACAUCUGUAUUGUCGUUCAUGCCUUGCUUUGUAAAGUGCUGCCUGAUAAUUGUACAUGUGUAAAUACUUUGAACGCAGACUUUGUCUUAAAAAAAAAAAAGAAAAAAGAUGGAUAUGGAUUAAUGCAAUGACCAUUGUACAUCUUAAAAGUGUAUGUAUAAUUUAUUAAAUCAAACUGACAAUUU